UUUAUUUAGGUCCACUAUGGUCAGUUUCUUGAAGUGUUUUUGUUUAUUUUUCAACUAUCAGCUGUUAUCAACUUAAUCUGUCAAUUAUUAUUACAUUAACUUAAAAAUUAUUAACAUAUUAACGAAUUGCUUCUUGGAGUAAACAUAUCCUCUAGAUUUGUUAAAAGUUGUUCAAAAUUGUUUAAUUAUGUUAGAAUAUUUUUAUUGGGGGGUCAAAGUAGAUCACCUGCUAUUUAAAGGAUUCGCAUCUCAUUCCGUUGGGGGACUAAUAGGACAAUGUUUAUUUGUUGGAAGUAUGGCUUUUCUGUUCGAGUUUCUAAGGUAUAUCCAAACCAAGCAAAAACAGAAGGAGCUCAUACUGAGGGUGAAACAGUUGAAGCUAAUCUGUACUACUGAGUGUUCAGCACUAAUUACCCAGAGCGUAGCUAAUCCGCAGAACCCCUUAAACAUAACCCUCUUUGACAGAGCUCUUCUGUUCGGUAUGGAGAUAUCUCUGUGGUUGCUGCUUCAAAAUAUAGGAUAUUUUAUCAUGUUAGCUGUAAUGGUAUAUAACGCAUGGUUUCUGGUCUCGGCAGUUAUAGGAGGAGCAUUAGGUUAUUUCGUUUUUGGACAAAUGUUUAUGAAACUUAACUUACAGAACUGUCAUAUAAUGCGAAGUGCUUAUUGCGGCCAAAUUUGCGGAGAGCCUUCAGCAAGAAAUUUUGGAACUUUUGUAGAUACCUUGAACCAGAUUGAGGGAGAGUCAACACCAGCAGCUAAAACUCCAUCUUCGUCCCACAACAGCCUUGAAUGUGCACACAACAGUAAUGCACCUGAACCUGAAGCAGUUCAAGUUCGUGCCCAAUGCCACUGAGAUUAUAUUUAUAUAUAAAAUGUAAUAUAUUAUUAUAAUGUAAAUAAUGUACAUAUAGGAAACUGAUAAAGCAAUUAAAAACUCAAA